CACCGAUUAGGCUUUUAGCUGCUGCCCUUCUUGAACAUGAAGACGUUCACACGCAGAAGGAGCAGCUCUAUCGGUGACCCAGCAGCUGGUGGCAAAGCCCCGCGCAAGAGCCUUAGCCCACAGGCUCCAGCAGGCCCCUCUUCUUCGCGCGUUUUCGCGGACUGGGCCACACUUCCCGAUGGCGUGCUCCUGCAGCUCAUCCAAGAGCUUCCUCACGCCGACCGACCGCGCUGUCGCUUGGUAUGCAAAGGCUGGGCCGCAGCAGCAGGCGCCGCAAUCCAACGCGCCGACCUGAGCCUCUCUCCGUUACCUCGCGAGGCCAGCAGACAACUUGCAGCCGCGUACCGCCGCUUUCCCUCCACCUCCCACCUCACCCUGCGCUUCCCAAACUUCCUGCUGCCUGCUCCGUCCACAGCCAAACCCGCUGCCGCCCCCAACGCUGCUCAUGCAGCCGGGCAGCAGCCAUCACCCGCACACGCACCCACUUCCUUUCGGCGCUACGUCGCACCGCUACUUGGCGUUGGAGUCGUACCUCGCAG